UUACCUUAAAGUCACAUGACAAACAAAAUGGCAACCAAUGCAAAAAAUAUUUCAGCUUUGCUAACUGGAUUAGCUAAAAGAAACUACUACAAUGAACCUGAAUUUACAGACGACUUUUUAAAGAGUCAGAUAUUUCCAGAUUUAUCUGAUGAAGCUUAUGCAACAUUACUGAAGAGAUGUUCCAAUUAUAUGAAGAAUUUGGUAUCAGCUGACAUGGACUUCAACCAGCUAGAAGCGUUUUUAACUUCCCAAAUGAAAAGGAGAGAGGCAGCAAUGACAGAAGAAGAAGCCAGUGCUUACAGAAAGUUUUGGAAAGUGCACAAAAACAAAAUUCAUGACACUUUAGUUUCAAAAACUAACUGGAACAAUUCACUUAAAAAGGUGUCCUGGCGAAUUGAUGUCAAAUCACAAUCUAAAAGUACAGAAAAUAUUAAUGAACCUAGUGCCAUUGUUGAACUCCAAAUAGAAAAUCCUGAAGAAUCACAGAAAACUGAGGUCGUGCAAUUCGAAAUGGAUGAAAGUAGACUGGCACAUGUGUUACAAAAUAUGAAAGACAUUGAAGAUCAGAUAGUGCAAUAUUGUCAACAAUAAACUUUACACACUACUCCAAAAAUAUAUGUUGAAACAUAUACUCAUUUCUUAGGGUUAAUGGUGCAUAUCUGCAUAUAAAUCAUUAGAAAUUUUAAGUAUGUAUGCACCAGUGCUGUUAUAUAUGGAUUGAAUACAUAUACAUGUAUGUAUGCUUAAUGACAAAGUGUACAAUAUCUAUUUUAUAUAUAUGUAUGAAAUUAAUAAAGCAACAAGUACAACUAAAA